GAGAGGGGAGAGAGAGGGGAGAGGGAGGGGAGCGCCGCUAAUCUGCACGCAGCAAGACGGGGCAGCGGCACAAGCAGCGGCGGCGGCGGCACACGAUGGGACGGCAGCGAGGCUGAGCGAGAGGAGGAAGUGAGACAGAGCACGCAACGAGACGGAGGAAGAAGCAGGAAGGCGGAUCACGUCUUUCCGGCAGCCUGGUCGCUUGGCGUUGAGAGAAGGACUGGGGGGAUAUCGGUGCAUUACAAGCAUCCAGAGGCAGAGGAAGGUUUCUGUUGAACGUUGGCGGCGGCCGCGCGCUCGAAGCUCGACGUGUUGCAGGGAUGUCCUGGUUGUCUCCAGUGCAGUGGGCCAAGUGGACGUGGUCAGCGGUGACCGGGGGUUCAGGGGAUGAUGGGCCCACCGGACAGGCCCGGGAGGACAAUUCGGACUCUGAAGGGACCUUUGAGACUCCGGAGGCUGAGUCUCCAGGUGUUGUGAAGCUACUGACGCAGCCGGACAACGUCCACGCAGUUCUUCCCAAUGUUACAAGCUGCCUGGACAAGAACCUCAACCAGGACACUGGCACAGCUGUUGAUUCCCUGAACAACUUGACCAGGUCCUUGCCCAACAACAGCAACUUGGGCUUGGAUCAGAACCUCAAUUUGACCCUGAGCCCCAAAGCCACUCCAGCAGAUGGUGUGUCUCCAUCCGCCCUGCUGCCUCAGCCUCAGCCUCUCCGGCCCCCCUCGCUUUCCGUCCUCUCCCCUCUGAACAAACCCGAUCCUGCAGAAGUAGACGACGAGGCUCCGGUGAUGUCUGACUCCAGCCCAGACUCAAACUUGAUCCCCACUCAGGACCUUUAUCUGGACCCUGAUUUGCUCAAUGGCAACAUGAAUCCAAAACCGACCUGUGAGACCAACAACACUGUCAUCAAGACUGCUGAGCAAGUCCGUUUCCUCUGUGUUCUGUUGAACUCCUGUAAGGUGAAGCAGAACCAGGUGACGCAGAAGGACGCCAGUGGACAGGAUGACCAUCAUGGAGGCCUCGCCACAGAUGAGGAGAAGCUGGCGAGUAGCACCGGUCUCAAACCAGACAAGGACCAAAGCAUCCAGGACUGUCAUGUGACGUCCAGCCCCGAGGAGUCGGACUGCUGCUCUGCGUACGAGGACACAAGCAGGCUGAAGAACGAGGCCGUGAAAAGUGAGGCGCAAAAGUCAGGAAGUCAGGUCCUGGACUCCAUCUGCAUCAGUGAGGCAGAAAAGGAGGCCGUUCUCAAACUCAUCAGGGAGGAGAUCAUCGCUAAGGAGAUGGAAGCCAGCGACUGGAAGAGAAAGUAUGAGGACUGCAGACAAGAAGUCAGCGAGAUGAGGAAGAUUGUGGCGGAAUAUGAGAAGACAAUCACCCAGAUGAUCGAGGACGAGCAGCGCACCAACAUGAGCCACCAGAAGUCUCUGCACGCAGCGACGAUGGAGAAGGAGGCCGCCCUGGCAGACCUGAACUCGGUGGAGCGCUCUCUGUCCGACGUGUUCCGCCGCUAUGAGAACAUGAAGGGCACUCUGGAGGGCUUCAAGAAGAAUGAAGAGGUGCUGAAGAAGUGCGCGCAGGAGUAUCUGGCCCGAGUGAAGCAGGAGGAGCAGCGGUACCAGACGCUGAAGCUCCACGCCGAGGAGAAGCUGGACAAGGCCAGCGAGGAGAUCGCCCAGGUGCGAACGCGGGCGGGCGCCGAGGGCGCGGCGCUGACGGCGAGCCUGAGGAAGGAGCAGAUGAGGAACGAGUCUCUGGAGCAGGCGCUGCAGCAGAAGAAUCAAGAAAUCGAGGAACUCACCAAGAUCUGCGACGAGCUAAUUGCCAAAAUGGGGAAAAUAGACUGAGCCCCGGCCCUGGGUUCUGCUCGCGGCGGCGUCCUGUGCAUGCCCCCAGCCAAGAAGCAGCCCCCCCCCCCUCCAGCCCCCGUCUCAGAGGCUGCUCAUGUACAGAUGUUUGAAGUAACCUCCUCUAUACUACAGUUGCACUACUUAUCAUCAGAACCUGACGUCUUUAUGUUGGGGAACGCUUUGUGUGCUCACCGGGCUUAUUUGCGUUUGUCGGACAUUGUGAGGUCACGUGGGCUGCUCUUACCGUCCUCCCUCCUGCCAGCGGCCAGCGACCUCCCGGUGACUCUUAGAUUCCCAGCAGCAGCUGAACCGUGAGAUUCCCAGCAGCUGCUCCUGUGGGGUGACAUCAGAUUUAACGCUGGCUGGACUUGUUUUGAAGCUACACUUGGGCUUGUGCGUUCAUGUGGCGUUGAUGAAUAUUGAUUUAUUGUAAAGCAACAAUCCAUGAACUGUAUUUUUCUACCAAGGGAGCAAGGCUUUUACUCUGGAAGAGAGAAGCUCAGGGCUUGUAUGGUACAGGAGUCCUCACGCCAGCUUACACGACGGCCGUGGAGAGAUCCUGGACAAGUAGCUGCAGGGUGGAGACAGACGCGUGAUUACAAUCAGUGGACGUUCCCGUGAUUGCGUGGCCUUGGUGGCGUUGUUCAAUCGAACAGUAACCAAAAUCAACCCCUAGAAGUUAACGGAGGCUCUAUAUUUUGGUUGAAUAAAACUCCUUCCUCCAUUAACGGCUAAAGCAAUCGUUUUAAUGCACAGGUCGUGCCACAGUCCCGUUUACCUCAUACAGUGAAGGACAGUGGGGUCGACCAGAGGUUUAGUCUGCUGCUUCUAUGUGUGAUGGAGGUGAGCUCUGCAUUCACAGCGCUGCACUAGUUAAUCGACUGAUAAUCACUUUCUCUGCGUGUUUAGUUUCGAACCUUUUGUGUUUGUCCGUUCAGUGGAAGUCUGACGUUUCCUUCACAAAAGUAAAGUAGUUGUUUGGCACAGAUCUGUGAGACCUAGAAAGUCCUAAUGUUUGAUAAUUGGUUCCGGUUAUUAAAAAAGGUGCACGUUCUGCAGGUGACAAAAUAAUGAUUUAAAAUAUAAAUGAUAACAUAUCCACAGUGUCUGUCCACAAAACAGAUGAAAUAAAAACAGUAAAACAUUAAAUCUGAAAAUAUUUGGACACAAACCUGUUACUGUAUGUUUCUAUUUUUUAUUAUGAUUUCAAUGUGUGAUGUAAUGAUUUUUUGUUUACUAACACAGUCUCAGACUUGCAUUGAUACAUUGGUUUAUCUAAAUAAAGAUAAAUAUCAUUUCUUGGUAUUA